UUUUUUUUUUUUUUAUAUUUUCUUUGGAGGUGUUAGAAGCCAUUUUUGUUUGGUUCAUGAUUAAUUUUGAUAUCUCUUUUUUUCAUGUUUCGUAUGAGAUUUUCUUGCCUAAUUUGAAAAGUCGCUUGAUCAAUCAAGUACUUAGUUAUAUCCAUCUUUGUGCAUGCAUACGGUGUGGGCUGAAUGCGUGUUGUUCUCGACUGAUGUGAUUUGACACGUCUAUAAGCAAGAAAACAGUGACUUACAGAACAGUAUAAGUAUUGGUGGACUUCUGAGUUCUGACAAAUGCAAUGGUCUCCUUUUCAUUAGGACCCUUUUGAGUUGCUUGAUUUGCUUAAAGAAAUCCUCGAUUGAAAAAUCAGUCAUUGGGAAUUUCUUCUAUUUUUGAUACAAGGUGAUUAUAUCGAGUAUUUGGUUGAUGAGAAAAUGGAUGAAAGGGAAGAAAAAUGCAGUUGUAAAAUAGAAAACUAAUGGAGAGAGAGAGAGAGAGAGAGUGCACAAUAAAAUGUAAUCCAGGAUUGUCAUCUAUAUACAUAUCAAUUUUGCAGGAUAUUUUCUGGUACAUAAAUUACUGUACGAGGCUGAGAAGGUUAUCUGUCUCUGAAGAUGUAUAUGAUAGAGAGCAAAGGUGGAGCCAUAAUAUGCAUGCUACUUUCUCUAUUUUUCUUGGGUACAUGGCCUGCUAUUAUGACUCUGUUAGAAAGACGAGGUCGCCUUCCUCAGCAUACUUAUCUUGAUUAUUCCAUCACCAAUCUCUUAGCUGCUGUGAUUAUAGCCUUAACAUUUGGUGAGAUUGGCAACAGUACACCUGAAUCACCAAACUUUCUAACUCAAAUUUCUCAGGAUAAUUGGCCUUCUAUUAUGUUUGCAAUGGCUGGUGGAAUUGUUCUCAGCAUUGGAAAUCUCUCCACACAGUAUGCAUGGGCCUUUGUUGGUUUGUCAGUGGUGGAAGUCAUUACUUCUAGCAUAACUGUUGUUUUAGGAACAACCAUGAAUUAUUUCUUGGAUGACAGAAUUAAUAGGGCUGAGAUUCUUUUCCCUGGGGUUGGCUGCUUCUUGAUUGCUGUUUGUCUUGGUUCAGCUGUUCAUUCAUCUAAUGCAGCUGAUAAUAAAGCAAAACUCAAGAAUUUUUCAAGUGAUUACAAGCUUAGAACAGUGGAUACAGGUUCUUCCAUAACCAAAGAAGAAUCUACAAGCAAUGGAUCAAAGGAUCCAGAGACUGGAAAUGUUCCUGCAGGGAAGGCAAAAGCUGGAACUGCAGCUUUCCUCGUAGAGCUUGAGAGCAAAAGAUCAAUCAAGGUGUUUGGGAAGAGCACUCUGAUUGGACUGGCUAUAACUUUCUUCGCUGGUGUUUGCUUCUCGCUCUUCUCACCUGCUUUCAACAUAGCAACAAACGAUCAAUGGCACACCUUAAAGAAAGGGGUCCCUAAAUUGGUUGUCUAUACCGCAUUUUUCUGGUUCUCAGUGUCUUGUUUUAUACUGGCCAUCAUCUUGAACAUCAUUUUCCUUUACCGGCCAGUACUGAACUUACCCAAAUCAACACUGAAGGCUUAUGUUAAUGACGGGAAUGGCAGAGGCUGGGCCUUUCUGGCUGGAUUCCUAUGUGGGUUUGGCAAUGGUCUUCAGUUUAUGGGAGGUCAAGCUGCAGGAUAUGCGGCAGCAGACGCUGUUCAGGCACUCCCACUCGUGAGCACAUUUUGGGGAAUAGUAAUCUUCAAAGAAUACAGAAAAUCAUCAAGAAAAACAUAUGUUCUGCUAAUAAGCAUGUUGUCCAUGUUUAUUGUGGCUGUUGGGGUUCUUAUGGCAUCUUCGGGGCAUCGAAAAUGAGUAAUUUUUCAUCAACUUGGUUUAUACAUAAACUUUAGAAAUGGUGGAUAAGGCAGAACCUGAAAGAGCAAGAAAAUGCUGAAACCAGCCUGUUGGUUCAAGACAAAUGUUAUAAUACACAUUGUUUUUUUCUGAACGGUCGUUCGUUCCCAAUAUUUACCAGAGUCAGAGAUCCUGUAAAAUCUAUUGGUCUGUAAAUAAUAAUAAGAAAGUGGAAGUGGUGGAUAAUGAUACAAUCGUGUCCGUAGAACACCUUGGAAUUUUUCCUUUCUUUCUUUUUUUCUUUAUUCAACUUUAAAGUUGAAAUGCAAUAUCACUGCUUUUCUUUCCUCCAA